CAAGAUGGGUUCUUGUGAAGUUAAGGUCCCACACAGCUUAGAUGCCAUUCUUAACAUUGCUGACGACCGGUCGCUGAUUGGCAAACGCCUUGAAGACCUGAUUCAUGACCUUCACGCUGGAGUUUCCCUCAAGGGAAUUAAAGAGAAGUAUUGGGUUCACAUGAUUACUGGUGCCAACGCAUUCGAGUUGUACGCAAGGGAUCUCUUAAUCGAGCAUGCAGAUGUUAAAUAUCAUUGGAGUUGGAAAACAGAAGACAAUAUUGAGGUAGCCGAACUGGUGCAAGUACAUUGGCUUGAUGUGAAAACGAAUUUCCCAGCACAAAUGCUAACUCCAAGGACCUCUUACGAAGUUUUAUUUGUGUUAAGGAGGAACGAGAAAGCUAAAGAACUUACAAAUUCGAACCUGAAGCUCGUCCUCCCCAAUCAAAACGCCUCUGAAGUCACAGUAGAUUUGAGUACGCUACCAACUAACGAAUGGAAAGAAAUCCAAGUUGGUGGCUUUGAAACUUCUUCCAGAUAA